CUGCGGAUUUGAGAGAUUUUGGUAAUGCAGGAUGCUCCAGCCGUGCUGUUCCCAGUGAUCGUUGCACUUCGACGACUCCACAUCGCGCAGAUACCCUUGUAGGCUCAACCUUUGGUGGUAGUGUUGUUCCUCAAACUGUAACUGAUGCCGGUCGGAAUGCUUGUUUCGCUUCGAGCACAAGCGAAAUUCGUCCUUCAAAUUCGUCAUUUGCUGAUUCAGCUGAGGUAGAUAAUGUAGUCCCCUGCAGUUCAGGUUGUGACGAGCUUGCCGGUUCCAGAGCAAGUCCCGUUCCAAUCACUGCCGCUGUUACACCCAGUCGAUCUUCAUCUUUCGAUACUGGCAAUGUUCACCAGACACAGAGUCAGCGCACAAGCAGUGUGAAUGGUCGGCGUAUAGUGGAGAUUGAUCACUUCUUCUCGUCUUUGCAAAGUUUGUCGGUACAUAGUCCGUUUGGUUGCGGCCUGGCUGACAUGGAAAUUGUAUCAGAACAUCGGCGAGGUCUGUGUAGCUCUUUCAGUUUGAAGUGCAGGAUGUGUCUGAGGAAAGAUGUAGUCACAACAGAGGCACCAGUUGAUCAACUUGUUCAACAACGCAUGGACGUCAAUUCCUCAGCAGUGAACGGUAUCGUGUCUAUAGGUUCUGGUUUCUCAGGCCUUCGCGAGCUCCUAGGUGCUCUGGACAUACCCGGCAUGGCUGGUAGCACGUACAGUAAGUAUCAGGAUAUUGUUGCUAAAGGAAUCGACGAAACAGCUUGGGAAGAAAUAAGAAAAGCAGGCAUUGAGGAAGCUCGGUUAGCUAGGGAGGCUGGGGACGUCGAUGCUGACGGUUUUCCUAUAAUUACGGUCGUUGCCGAUGGUGCUUGGUGCAAACGUUCAUACAAGAACAAGUACGACGCUCUUUCUGGCUUGGCUGUAAUUGUUGGGUACCGCACAAAGAAAGUACUGUUCCUAGGCGUCCGGAACAAAUUUUGUACACUGUGCGCAAGUUCCAAGGCAGGGUCGAGCCCAAAAAAGCAUCUGUGCUUCAAGAACUGGGACAGCAGCUCUACCAGUAUGGAGAAGGAUAUCGUCGUUGAAGGCUUCAGGCGCAGCAUUGAGUUGCACGGGGUAAAGUACUUGCAGUUGAUCGCUGACGGUGAUUCGAGCACAUACAAGUCAAUUCUUGAAGCUGCACCGUACCAGCAUCAGGUAGUUCAGAAGGUAGAAUGUCGCAACCACCUUCUUCGAAACUAUGUAAGUCGUCUUCGAGAUGUUGCUUUGGCAAAGAGAACAACCCCCAUUCCCCCAUCGUUGAAGAAGCUACUUCUGGAUAAUGCUGUUCGACUAAGAGUUGGAGUUGCUAGGGCUAUUCACUAUCGCAAAGAGCAGGCCGAGUUCAGCAAACAAGAUCAGAUUCGGAACCUGGUGGCUGAUAUCCGUAAUGGGCCACUCCAUGUGUUCGGCGACCACGCAAAAUGUGCGGGUUACUUUUGCAGUGGUCCAAAAGAAGGGGAAGUCAAUCACGUCCCAGAGCUCAGGAAAUGCGGACUUUUCAAUGAAAUCCUUGUAGCGAUGAGUCGUUUGGCAAACAAUGGUAGCAGCUUGAUCCUUGACGUUAACAAUAAUGCUGCAGAACAUUUCAAUUCUCUCGUUGCAAAGUUUUCUGGCGGUAAAAGAAUAAACUUUUCCCAGAGGGGAUCAUUCGGAAUGCGGGCUUCAGGAGCUGUCGUGUCUUUCAACUCUAAGCAGUACCAUCGUGCUCUACAUAAGGCAGUGUACAACACCAGCCCUGGGAAGUAUGCAAAAAUUAUGCUGAAGCGUAAAGCAGCUGUUCGUGCUGCUUGCAUAAGGCAUCGGAGUUCUGGGGCUGCUCGCUGUAAGCGUUCACUUGAAGGUGCGCCUUGCAAGCGUGCUUCCAGCGACAACCACUAUGGUUCCAUAGUGGAUGCUCCAGACAUGAACCACGAUGACUAUGUUGAAGCUGCUGCGGCGUACAAGGAUUCCCUUGUGCUCUCCCAACCAGAUGCAGAGCAGCUCGAGGCUGAUACUCGAGGUCAAGAAGGGAGAACUUUGUGGAUGCAGGAGAGGCGAAAGCGACUCACCGCUUCUAAUUUUGGCAAGGUAUGCAAGAUGCGAGAUGCAACGAGCAGUGCAAGUACUGUUCGUUCCUUGCUCUAUGGUCAUUUUGACACUGAGGCUCUCCGAUAUGGUCGCGACACUGAGCCCAUUGCAAUUGCUAAGCUGCAGGAUGAGUUAGGGGUGACUGUUUCACCAUGCGGCCUUGUUGUUGAUCAGGAGUUUGCAUACCUUGCUGCAACACCUGAUGGGCUUGUCGGUGAUGACACUGUCGUGGAAGUGAAGUGCCCUUAUUCGGCUCGGCCCCUUACCCCUGUGGAGGGAGUGCGGGCAAAAAAAAUCACCUUUUGCACUAUUGAUAACUCUGGUAAUAUUUCGUUGAAGGAAAACCAUGACUACCACUAUCAGGUGCAGGGACAGCUCCACAUCACUCGACGUCAGUUUUGUCUUUUUGUGGUAUAUUCUGGCGAGGAAAUUUUUGUCCAGAAGAUCGAGAGAAAUGAUGGCUUCUGGAGCAAAAUGAUUGGCCACCUUCAACUGUUCUACUCGCAUAGCCUUCUACCGGAGUUGGUUGACCCUCGUCAGUCCCGUGGGCUGCAGCUCAGAGAUAACAAGAAGAGUGACCAUCAGGUUGCCUCGCUCUGUGAUGCCGCCAAAACAACUUCCAAUCAGGGCGAUUCAUCCAGAAAGAGACGGAAGACUGGUAAAGAUAACUCACCUGCCGCUGUUCUGUAAUUAUGGCUAGACUGUGGAUUUACGUGUCAUUUAGUUUGUGCGGCUCCACCUUUGCCAAGUGUUUUAAUGCAUAUUCAUCCAUUUUGCUUCAUAAUUUACUGAAUGUUUUUCCAUAUACAUGUCUUCGACUUUGGCUCAGGCUGCAUAUCUUCACGUUUGUGUUUCAUAUUUAAGUUACCUUUUUCCAUUUUUACUGUGCAUAUCUGUGCAUAUUUUUCAAUUUUCCUAAAUAUUUAUAUUAAUAUAUUUCUAUGUAUAAAUCCACAGACUAGUCGUGCGAUGCUUGUCAUAUUUUAAACAUGGCGUAAGAGUGUGAAAUCUGAAUCCAGCCAUCAGCACGUGAGGAUCUAAGUAUGAGAAUGGUGCACAAUCUCCCAACCGUAGAACCGUCUUCCCCGGCAUUGUUGAAACACGUCCACACGUUGAUGCUAUAUGUGUGAGGCCAUCAUGGUAUUCUACCUUGGCUUGAGUGUAUGAAGAUAUAGCAAAGCUGUCCCCAAACCGUCGUUCUUCCCAGGCAUGGUUGAAACACGUCCACACGUUGAUGCUAUAUGUGUGAGGCCAUCAUGGUAUUCUGCCUUGGCUUGAGUGUAUGAAGAUAUAGCAAAGCUGUCCCCAAACCGUCGUUCUUCCCAGGCAUGGUUGAAACACGUCCACACGUUGAUGCUACAUGUGUGAGGCCAUCAUGGUAUUCUGCCUUGGCUUGAGUUUAUGAAGAUAUAGCAAAGCUGUCCCCAAACCGUCGUUCUUCCCAGGCAUGGUUGAAACACGUCCACACGUUGAUGCUAUAUGUGUGAGGCCAUCACGGUAUUCUACCUUUGCUUGAGUGUAUGAAAAUUGUGGAAAGAAACAUGAAUGGUAUUCCUAGCACUUUUGAAGCUCCACCAGCCUGUUCAGAUGUCGACAUCCUGAGUAUGAAUCCAUUUUGAUAUUUUGACAAGGUCGGUAAGUAUCAUUGUGCAGAGCUGUCUCCCAACUGUCGCCAGUUCCCCGCAUUGUUGAGCACGAGCAACAUCCCAACAUGUCGCUCUGCGUUACGUCCUCUUGCCAUCUUGCCUUUACUUGGGUGUCAUUUCAACAUAUGAAAAUUGUAUUUUCAGAUUCAGGUAUCCAGUACUACUGCAAAUAUGAUGGCCAGACGCCCAAAGGUCAAACUUCCUAAGUGUUACUGUCUUUACCUGUCAUUUGAAAAUUUCCUACUCUCUCCCUGAUUAUGAAGCACCUGCCCUUGCCAGUGUUGUACCUGGUUCAGCAUUAUGUGGCCAAUGAUGAAUGGUGCCCUGUUGGACAUUUUUUUUCCAUAAACACACACUCUGAGGCUUUAGCUGCCAACUGACAAGCAUGGCAAAAGCAACUAUCAGUUGCUACUUCAUUGCUCAAAAAGGAAACUCGUUGCUGAGUAACACGUUCCAAGUUUUUACUAUUCCCAUAUUAUGAACCUGGCUCUGUCCACCAGGAUGCUAUAUGUUGAUGCCGUAUGUGCGAGACCUUCAUGUCAAAGUGCGCCUACAUGCAGCGGACUGUAUGGUACUUCAUUAUGUGUGUAUGCCACAUCGCCAAUGAUGAAAUGUGCUGUUGGAUACUGUAUCCACGAAUGAACAUUCUGAGGCUACAAGCAUGAGCUGAUACGCAUAAGUAAUGCAGAAAACGUGACGAUGUAUACAUGCUGCGUUCUUCAAUAAAAUAUCUCCAAUCUACCAAUA